AUGAAUCGAAAUAUCCUGCCCGCAGUGUACUUUCUUGGCCUCUUCAUGCUGGAACAGUACCGCUUUCUCGAGGUCCAAGAAGCUUGCAUAUUCGACGCCGAAGAACACGCCAUGAAACGGUGUCCUCUGGUUGCUUUCAAGGCACCUGACGGAGACGGUGCCGAUGAUCGGCAAGAUAUGGGACACGAUUGUGCUAUUUGUCAAGUGGAGGUCAUUGGCAAAGCGGAAUACGUCUACAACUUACCUUGCAAUCAUCAGUUCCACAGAUGGUGCCUGAUUGUCUGGUUGAUUCGCGAGGGCCGCUCACACUGUCCGCUAUGUCGAUACCAGAUUCUUAUCAAUGGUGUCUGUCGACCAGGAUUGCGGUCGAGCUUAGGAUAUGGCAAUGGCGCGAUGUGUUAG